AUGUUCAAUUUCACGAUACCGCGCGUCAAAUUGCACGAACAACGCAUGGAUAUCCGGGCACGGAUCCAGGAGUUCAAACGACGGGUCAACGAGAGAGCCGCCCGUCAUCACGAGUGGUGGCUCAAUUUGUACGAUCGAUGGAGGCCGUACGAGCGUGUGGAGUACUGCAAAUUGACUGUGGAGGAGGAGAAUAACGCGUGUGAUACUGAAUCGAUUUGA